AUGCAUCCGGCAUCGUGGAGGAUGGCAUUCGUAUUUAUGCCAUUUGCAGCGAUCAAUCCAUGUAUUGGUCGAUUCUCACAGGAGCAUCAAGUGUUACGGGAACGCGAUAUCGAUCUUCCCGUCUGCAAGCGAAGAAGACGGGAUGCGAUACUUUCCACCUGCAUUUUCCGUGCAAUCGCUGUGGUUCUUCUAAUACAGUCUUGGCGGAGCAAGGCUUCACGGAUGUAA